AUGAAAAGUGCGCCCUUUUUGCCGUCGCGCGACCUGCCAAGCGUGGGGCGUGCGACGGACGCCGCGUCGAUCCGCCACGGACAGGCAUCCAUUCGGCAGGCCUAUGGACUGGAAGAGUGCGCAGAGCGCUGGGUGUGGGACGGCGAACGCGUUGUAGGCGAGGGCGACGACGCCUUCGAGACGAGCUGCGUCCAGACCUGGCUCCGCGCCGUGAUCCAGUGGGCAUGCCGUGAAGGCGAGAGCGAGAUGGUGGACGAGAGCGCGACGAUGCUAGUGCGUCUUGCAGGACAGUCGGCGGCUGGCGCGCGCGAGUGUAUUUAUCGCUUUUUCUUCGGGGCCGAGCAGCCCCAAGAGGCCGAGGCGGCGGCCGCGUCGGUGCGUCUGCGCGACAUUGCGCUCACGGACGAUGCGCUGGGUGGCCGCACAUGGGGCGCGGCACCGUACUUGGCGCGGCGCCUCAUGCUGCGCUACGAAAAAGACGCGCCGCAGUCCAUCCUCGAGCUCGGCGCUGGCACCGGCCUUGCGGGCCUCGCGCUCGAGGCGUACCUCGCUGCGCAAGGGCGCCGAGCAUCGGUCGUGCUUACGGACCACCACGCCGUGGUCCUCGGCAAUCUGCGGUACAAUGCCGAGCUGAACCGCUCGGCAGCGGACGUCGCGCAGCUCGACUGGCAGCAAGUCUUUCGCGACGUGACGCACGACGAGCAAGAAUACGCAUCCACCGCGCAGACGCUCCCAGAAGCGAAUGCGGCACAGGCAGAAGCGUUCUCCAAGGUCCCGAGCGAUGCACAGUUUGACGCGAUCCUCGCCGCGGACUGCGUGUACGAUCCGGCGCACGCCGCGUGGAUCCGCGCGGUGGCGCUACGGCACCUCGCGCGCACCGCGGUGGGGUGCACGCCCGAGCUACAUAUCCUCUGCCCCCUGCGGCCGACACACGGCGCUGAGAUGCAGUCGAUCUACGAUACCUUUUCCGCCCCCCCGCUCGUGAUCCAGAGCGAAGAAAAUCUCGACGGCUUCGAUGAUUUUGGCCCUGUCACCAUGCGGCAAAAGACGCCGCAGGCCAUGCAAGGCCAGCCUGUCGCUUUUCGGCAUUUCGUCAUAGCGUAUACAUAA